UCCUUAUAUAUGCAAAUGAAGUCUAAUCUAUUAUUAUAACUUCAUUUCAUAUUCAUCAAAACCAUUUCCUACCACACCUUAAUCACAAAAUGAUCACAAAUCAAAUUUUCAUAUUAAAUUUCCUUCUCUUUGUAUUGUUGAUUAUGAAAACCGUGAGAAGUUGUAAUUCUGGCUGUGACCUUGCUCUAGCUUCAUAUUACAUAGAAGAAGGAACAAAUCUAACUUACAUUAGCAACCUUUUCAACCAACCAACCUCAGAAAUUCUAAAAUACAACCCAAACAUUCAAAACCCCGAUACUAUUCAAAGCCAUACAAGACUCAACAUACCAUUCACGUGUGACUGUCUCAGUGGUUUGUUCUUAGGACACACUUUCUCGUACAAACUAAAAGAAGGUGAAAAUUACAAAGCAGUUGCUAACGGUUAUUAUUCAAACCUAACUACUAUAGAUUUUCUUAUCAGAGUCAAUAGUUAUCCAGCUACUGAUAUACCUGCUGGUACUGUAAUCAAUGUUACUGUAAAUUGUUCUUGUGGUGAUAGAGAUGUUUCAAAGGAUUAUGGGUUGUUUUUGACGUAUCCCUUACGCAACGGUGAUAGUUUGCCGGGAAUUGCGAUGGAGAGUGGUGUUCCGGUGGAGCUGGUGAAGAGGUAUAACCCUGCAUCGAAUUUUAGGGCAGGUGAACUCGUGUUUUUGCCGGCCAAAGAUGAAAAUGGAAACUUUCCACCACUAAAGAUGGGAUCAGGAAUGUCCAAAGGAGGCAUUGUUGGCAUAGUUGUUGGAGGAGCUUUUGGGAUUUUACUUCUAGUACUCAUUCUAUAUGUUGUGUUCUAUAGAAGGAAAAAAGUGGCUGAUCAGGUUACUCUUCUACCAGUACCAGGAGCAUCUGAACUAGAUCAGUCUAGUCAACUCCAGCAUGGUCGUGGAAGCAGCAUGGAUAAGACAUCAGAGUCUACUACUGUUGUUUCUCCAAGGUUGACAGGUAUUACAGUAGACAAGUCAGUGGAGUUCUCAUAUGAGGAGUUAGCCAAAGCUACUGACGGAUUUAGCACGGCUAAUAUAAUCGGUCGAGGUGGCUUUGGAUUGGUAUACUAUGCCGAGCUACGAAAUGAGAAAGCUGCAAUAAAAAAGAUGGAUAUGCAAGCAUCAAAAGAAUUCCUAGCUGAACUAAAGGUUCUGACACACGUCCAUCACUUGAACUUGGUGCGGCUAAUUGGAUAUUGUGUUGAGGGCUCUUUAUUUUUGGUUUAUGAGUACAUUGAGAAUGGCAAUUUAAGUCAACAUCUGCGUGGCACAGGUAAGGAUCCGUUAUCAUGGCCAGCUAGAGUUCAGAUUGCAUUAGACUCAGCAAGAGGAUUGGAAUACAUUCAUGAACAUACAGUUCCUGUCUACAUUCAUCGAGAUGUUAAAUCGGCAAACAUUUUGAUAGACAAAAACUUCCGCGGAAAGGUUGCAGAUUUCGGCCUGACAAAAUUGACCGAAUAUGGUAGUUCUUCGUUACAAACGCGCCUUGUCGGGACGUUCGGCUAUAUGCCCCCUGAAUACGCACAGUAUGGUGAAGUUUCUCCCAAAAUAGAUGUAUAUGCAUUUGGAGUUGUUCUGUUUGAGCUUAUAUCUGGGAAGCAAGCUAUUGUGAAAACAGAUGAGGCUAAGAAUGAAUCAAAAGGACUAGUUGCACUGUUUGAAGAAGUUCUUGGUCUUUCAGAACCAAAAGAAGAUCUUGGUAAACUUGUUGACCCUAGGCUUGGUGAAAAUUACCCUAUUGACUCAGUAUUUAAGAUGUCUCAGCUUGCUAAAGCAUGUACACAUGAAAAUCCUCAACUUAGACCAAGCAUGAGAUCAAUUGUAGUUGCCUUAAUGACAUUAUCAUCAGCAGCUGAGGAUUGGGAUGUUGGCUCCUUCUAUGAAAACCAAGCAUUAGUCCAUUUAAUGUCUGGAAGGUAGCACAGUUUUGCUAGCUACCCAGUGGUUUAUUCUUCAGCUUAGCUUGAACCAAAUUCUUGUCAAGAUACACUCCCAGUUUUCUCAACACUGGCAUGCAUGAAUCUUUCAUGUUUCAACUGUGAAUUUGUAAAUAAAAACAAUCAUACAUGUUAAACUCUUCAGAGACUAAUUUGUCACAUUUUAAUUUUCAUAGCAA